UAUUUGAAAUGUCAUUGGAAUUUACAAUUCGCAAGAUCCAAAAAUCCCACGUUUCCUAAGACAUUUUACGCUGACUCCAAAUUCAUUCUUUACAUCUUCAUAGUUGUUAUUACAAUUCGCAAGAUCCAAAAAUCCCCGGUUUCCUGCUCUAAACCACUAAAUCUCAUUAUGCAACAGAAAUCAUGGAUCAUGAUAGGAACAAUCUAUGCAACUCUUUCGCAAGUGUUCUUGGCACUGAACUCAGUUGCAGGAGAUGAUAAAAUAGUUAGCUUGCCAGGGCAGCCACGGGUUAGUUUCCAGCAGUAUGCAGGAUACAUAACCAUUGAUGAAAAGCAGCAGAGAGCUCUCUUUUACUACUUUGUUGAAGCAGAAACAGAGCCAGCUUCCAAGCCUCUAGUUCUUUGGUUGAACGGAGGUCCUGGUUGUUCUUCGGUUGGAGCUGGAGCAUUUUGCGAGCAUGGGCCCUUUAAACCAAGUGGAGACAUUCUGGUUAGAAAUGAUUAUAGCUGGAAUAAAGAAGCAAACAUGUUAUACCUGGAAUCACCCGCAGGAGUUGGAUUCUCAUACUCUGCUAAUAAAUCUUUCUACGAUUCGUUGAACGAUGAACUGACAGCCCAAGAAAACCUUGUGUUUCUUGAACGAUGGUUUAAAGAAUUCCCAGAAUACACAAAUAGAGAUUUUUUCAUCACAGGGGAGAGCUAUGCAGGCCACUAUGUUCCACAACUGGCACAACUCAUUAUUAAAUCUCAAGUGAAGUUCAACCUCAAGGGAAUAGCUAUAGGGAAUCCUCUCCUGGAGUUUAACACUGAUCUUAACUCCCGUGCUGAGUUCUUAUGGUCACACGGAUUAAUAUCAGAUUCAACUUAUGAAAGUUUCACUUCAGUCUGUAAUUUCUCUCAAAUCAGAAGACAGGCGGCAAAUGGCUCUCUCACCCCUGUUUGCGCAGGAGUAUAUGGCAAAGUUUCAAGAGAAAUUGGUAAAUUUAUCGACACCUAUGAUAUUAGUCUUGAUGUCUGUCUACCGUCAGUUCAUUCACAAUCCCAGGUGUUGAAUCAACUGCAAGAUACACCGAAAAUAGAUGUCUGUGUAGAAGAUGAAACAAAUACAUACUUGAACAGGAAAGAUGUACAGGAGGCUUUCCAUGCUCGGCUUAUUGGAGUCACCAGAUGGAGUAUUUGCAGCGAGAUCGUCAAAUAUAAUAUGCAAAAUCUAGAAGUACCUACCGUCCCUGUUCUGGGUGAACUUGUCAAGUCUGGCAUCCGGGUCUUGGUAUACAGUGGAGACCAAGAUUCUGUUGUCCCACUUAUCGGCACCCGGACACUAGUAGAUGGACUGGCGAAGGGUUUGGGACUGAACACAGUUGUGCCUUACAGAUCCUGGUUUGAAGGAAGACAGGUUGCUGGAUGGACACAAGUAUAUGGUGAUAUCUUAACUUUUGCAACCAUCAGAGGAGCAUCUCAUGAAGCUCCAUUUUCACAGCCAAAGAGAUCGCUUGUGCUAUUUAGUGGAUUUUUGUCUGGAAAGCCAUUGCCAGAAGCACUCUAAUGACUUAGUUCUAAUAAACGUUAAGAGGCCAGCAAUCCUCUUGUUGCAUUUCAUGAGAAAUUGUUUUGCAUUUAAUGAUCAUAGAAGAUCUUAUAAAAAAUGAUCAUAGAAUUAAAUAUUUUUCACCUAACUUCUCAUGGAACAAACAAUUGUUCAGAGGAUUAUGUCUCUGGAAUUAUUGGUUGUCAAAUGGGUGCAGUGCUGCAGAGUUCUAUAUGCAUCAGUUGUCAAGCUGAUCUUAAAAAUCUAGAAAUGUGCUAGAGAUGAUUGGUAGCUUUGAAAGUUAGGUUGGAAAUUUCUUAGCUAAAUUAGAAGUAGAACGAAUAUUUUUAAGGA